CAGAUGCUGAAGCGACAGAUCAAUGCACAUACCAAGUGUCGCCAGAUCCCGAAGACGACGUGGAUAAUAAUCUUACAGGUGUUUCUUCAACUUUUGAACCAUACUGGAGGAAAAGAAGUUUCCAAAUGCAAGAAUUUUUACUGGUCACGCAAUGGGACCGUCAUCUUUCACGAUUUAGACAGAAUUUCACCUCGUGCUGCUUUUGAUACUAUUCUUAGUGAUGCUAUGUAUGACAAUGUGUUUCAGACAAAUCUAUAUGCCCAACAAAAAGGAAAAUAAUUCAAGCCAAUUGCAAAAUCAGAAUUGCAGAUUUUCAUAGGGAUAUAUUUUUUAUGAUGGGCAUAAAGAAGUUUCCUUCCUAUAGGGAUUAUUGAUCAGCAAAUUGUCUGAGAUGUGACUUCAUUGCAGAUGCAAUGGGUCGGACGAGAUUUGAGUGGAUUCUGAAUGAUAAUAUGUCUGAAUACCCUAGAGAUGACCCAUGAUUUGACAAAUUGUACAAACUACGACAUUUCCUUGAUUGUCUAAAUAGUCAGUUUCAGUCUUGUUAUAAUCCCUUAGAUUCAGACAAUAGAUGAAUCUAUGAUCAAAUUCAGCACCAUGAGGGGAAAGUGACUGGAGGAUGGAUUCUUCUAGCAUCAGUGUCACAAAAUGGAUUGACACAAGACCAGUCAUGUUCAUUGCUAACAUGCACAACCCUUCAGAGAUGAGUACUGUUAGUAGGCGGAAGAAAGAUGGUACAAUAAUUGAUGUAACUGCUCAUAUUAUUGUUAACUUUUAAAGAACAAGUAUGGCAUGUGAUAGAGCAGACUGCUUGAAGUCGUACUAUGAAAUUGACCGAAAAGCAAGAAAAUGGUGGCAUCCCAUCUUUUUCCACUUUUUGGAUGUUGCUGUAGUAAACUCAAUGGUUUUAUAUAAAAUGCUGGAUGAAGUUCUUACUAUGAACUUGAAGCAGUUCAAGAUCUCCCUCUGCACUAGACUUAUAGGUGCAGCAGGAAUAGAUUCAAAAAGUCCAGCAUCCAGUGAUGUCCCAAGGAAAACAGUAAACGAAAGUGAAUCAUUCCUGAAGGGAUCAGGACUAGAAAAGCUAAACAUAUGCCAGCUAUUGGCCAAACAUACAGACGCUGCAACCAUUGCAGCACAAAAGCACACAGAACACAGGGGAUAUGCUCAACAUGUGACGUUCCUCUUUGUCACCGAAGCAAGAGGAACUGUUUUGCUGCUUUUCACAAAUGAUGUGAUAAACAGUGAUCUUAGGUAACAAAAAAUGUUUCUUUUGUUAUUGAAAAGAAGUGCAAUUCAUAUAAUUUUGAACAAUGAUAUUAAUAUUUCAUUUUAGUUCUAUACAAACGAUAUUUUGUUAUAUGAGAACCUGCGUCAUGGACACCGGGUGGACAGCGAUAGUAACCACUGCUGUGGUUCUAGAG